AUGCUAAUGCUUCCUCUGCUUGUGCUUCCUCUACUUGUGCUUCCUGUGCAUGUUCUUCCUCUGCUUGUGCUUCCUCUUCUUGCGCUUCCUCUGCUUGCGCUCCUUUGCUUGCGCUUCCUUUUCUUUGGCUUCCUCUGCUUGUGCUUCCUCUGCUUGUGCUUCCUCUGCUUGUGCUUCCUCUCCUUGCGCUUCCUCUGUUUGCGCUCCUCUGCUUGCGCUUCCUUUGCUUGUGCUUCCUCUGCUUGUGCUGCCUCUGCUUGUGCUUCCUCCGCUUGUGCUUCCUCUGCUUGUGCUUCCUCUGCUUGCACUUCCUCUUCUUGCGCUUCCUCUGCUUUCGCUUCCUCUGCUUCCGCUCCUCUGCUUGUGCUUCCUCUGCUUGUGCUUCCUCUGCUAGCGCUUCCUCUGCUUGUGCUUCCUCUGCUUGCGCUUCCACUGCUUGUGCUUCCUCCACUUGCGCUUCCUCUGCUUGCACUCCUCCGCUUGUGCUUCCUCUGCUUGUGCUUCGUAAUUGUGCUUCCUCUGCUUUCGCUUCCUUUGCUUGUGCUUCCUCUACUUGCGCUUCCUUUGCUUGCGCUUCCUCUUCUUGCGCUUCCUCUGCUUGGGCUUCCUCUGCUUACGCUUCCUCUGCUUGUGCUUCCUCUUCUUGCGCUUCCUCUGCUUACACUUCCUCUGCUUGAGCUCCUCUGCUUGUGCUUCCUUUGCUUGUGCUUCCUCUGCUUGCACUUCCUCUGCUUGUGCUUCCUCUACUUGCACUUCUUUGGCUUGUGCUUCCUCUGCUUGCCCUUCUUCUACUUGCACUCCUCUGCUUGUGCUUCCUCUGCUUGUGCUUCCUCUGCUUGCGCUUCCUCUGCUUGCGCUUUCUCUGCUGGCGCUCCUCUGCUUGUGCUUCCUCUUCUUGUGCUUCCUCUGCUUGCGCUUCCUCUGCUUGUGCUUCCUCUGCUUGCGCUUCCUCUGCUUGCAAUUCCUCUGCUUGCGCUUCCUCUGCUUAGGCUUCCUCUGCUUGCACUUCCUCUGCUUGUGCUUCCUUUGCUUGCGCUUCCUGUGCUUGCGCUUCCUCUGCUUGUGCUUGGUGCUUGUGCUUCCUCUGCUUGCGCUCCUCUACUUGUGCUUCCUCUGCUUGUGCUUCCUCUGCUUGCGCUUCCUCUGCUUGUGCUUCCUCUUCUUGUGCUUCCUCAGCUAGUGCUUCCUCUACUUGUGCUUCCUCUGCUUGCGCUCCUCUGCUUGUGCUUCCUCUGCUUGUGCUUCGUGCUUGUGCUUCCUCUGCUUGCGCUUCCUCUGCUUGUGCUUCCUCUACUUGCGCUUCCUCUACUUGCGCUUCCUCUGCUUGCGCUUUCUCUGCUUGCGCUUCCUCUGCUUACGCUUCCUCUGCCUGCGCUCCUCUGCUUGUGCUUCCUCUGCUUGUGCUUCCUUUGCUUGUGCUUCCUCUGCUUGCGCUUCCUCUGCUUGCGCUUCCUCUGCUUGCGCAUCCUCUACUUGCGCUCCUGUGCUUGUGCUUCCUCCGCUUGUGCUUCCUCUGCUUGCGCAUCCUCUUCUUGUGCUUCCUCUGCUUGCAUUUCCUCUGCUUGUGCUUCCUCUGCUUGCGCUUCCUUUGCUUGCGCUGCUCUGCUCCUGCUUCCUCUGCUUGUGCUUCCUGCUUGUGCUUCCUCUCCUUGCGCUUCCUCUGCUUAUGCUUCCUCUGCUUGCGCUUCCUCUGCUUCCACUUCCUCUUCUUGCGCUUCCUCAGCUUACGCUUCCUCUGCUUGCGCUCCUUUGCUUGUGCUUCCUCUGCUUGUGCUUCCCCUGCUUGCGCUUCCUCUGCUUGUGCUUCCUCUCCUUGCGCUUCCUCUGCUUGUGCUUCCUCUGCUUUCGCUCCUCUGCUUGUGCUUCCUGCUUGUGUUUCCUCUGCUUGCGCUUCCUCUCCUUGUGCUUCCUCUACUUGCGCUUCCUCUGCUUGCGCUUCCUUUGCUUGCGCUUCCUCCUCUUAAGCUUCCUCUGCUUACGCUUCCUCUGCUUGUGCCUCCUCUGCUUGCUCUUCCUUUGCUUACGCUUCCUCAGCCUGCGCUCCUCUUCUUGUGCUUCCUCUGCUUGUGCUUCCUCUGCUUGCGCUUCCUCUGCUUGUGCUUCCUCUACUUGCGCUUCCUCUGCUUGUGCUUCCUCUGCUUGUGCUUCCUCUGCUUGCGCUCCUCUGCUUGUGCUUCUUCUGCUUGCGAUUCCUCUCCUUGCGCUUCCUCUGCUUGUGCUUCCUCUACUUGCGCUCCUCUGCUUGUGCUUCUUCUGCUUGUGCUUCCUCUGCUUGCUCUUCCUUUGCUUACGCUUCCUCUGCCUACGCUCCUCUGCUUGUGCUUCCUCUGCUUGUGCUUCCUCUUCUUACGCUUACUCUGCUUGUUCUUCCUCUACUUGCGCUCUCUCUGCUUGUGCUUCCUCUGCUUGCGCUCCUUUGCUUGUGCUUCCUCUGCUUGCGCUUCCUCUGCUUCUGCUUCCUCUUCUUGCGCUUCUUCUGCUUGCGCUUCCUCUGCUUGCGCUUCCUUUGCUUGCGCUUCCUCUGCUUGUGCUCCUCUGCUUGCGCUUCCUCUGCUUGUGCUUCCUCUGCUUGCGCUUCCUCUUCUUGCGCUUCAUCUCCUUGUGCUUCCUUUGCUUGCGGUUCCUCUGCUUGCGCUCCUCUGCUUGUGCUUCCUCUGCUUGCGCUUUCUCUGCUUGUGCUUCCUGUGCUUGCGCCUCCUCUGCUUGUGCUUCCUCUGCUUACACUUCCUCUGCUUGAGCUCCUCUGCUUGUGCUUCCUUUGCUUGUGCUUCCUCUGCUUGCGCUUCCUCUUCUUGUGCUGCCUCUACUUGCACUUCCUCUGCUUGUGCUUCCUCUGCUUGCGCUCCUCUGCUUGUGCUUCCUCUACUUGUGCUUCCUCUGCUUGCGCUUCCUUUGCUUGCGCUUCCUCUGCUUGCGCUCCUCUGCUUGUGCUUCCUCUUCUUGUGCUUCCUCUGCUUGCGCUUCCUCUGCUUGUGCUUCCUCUGCUUGCGCUUCCUCUGCUUGCAAUUCCUCUGCUUGCGCUUCCUCUGCUUGUGCUUCCUUUGCUUGCACUUCCUCUGCUUGUGCUUCCUCUGCUUACACUUCCUCUGCUUGAGCUCCUCUGCUUGUGCUUCCUUUGCUUGUGCUUCCUCUGCUUGCGCUUCCUCUGCUUGUGCUGCCUCUACUUGCACUUCCUGUUUGAGCUCCUCUGCUUGUGCUUCCUUUGCUUGUGCUUCCUCUGCUUGCGCUCCUCUGCUUGUGCUUCCUCUACUUGUGCUUCCUCUGCUUGCGCUUCCUCUGCUUGCGCUUCCUCUGCUUGCGCUCCUCUGCUUCUGCUUCCUCUUCUUGUGCUUCCUCUGCUUGCGCUUCCUCUGCUUGCAAUUCCUCUGCUUGAGCUUUCUCUGCUUGCGCUUCCUCUGCUUGCAAUUCCUCUGCUUGCGCUUCCUCUGCUUGUGCUUCCUCUGCUUGCGCUUCCUCUGCUUGUGCUUCGUUCUUGUGCUUCCUCUGCUUGUGCUUCCUCUGCUUGUGUUUCCUCUACUUGCGCUUCCUCUACUUGCGCUUCCUCUGUUGCGCUUCCUUUGCUUGCGCUUCCUCUGCUUGCGCUUUCUCUGUUGCGCUUCCUCUACUUGUGCUUCCUCUGCUUGCGCUUCCUCUUCUUGCGCUUCCUCUUCUUGCGCUUCCUCUACUUGCGCUUCCUCUGCUUGCGCUUCCUCUGCUUGCACUUCCUCUACUUGCGCUUCCUUCGCUUGCGCUUCCUCUGCUUGCGCUUCCUCUGCUUGCGCUUCCUCCGCUUGGGCUCCUCUGCUUGUGCUUUCUUUGCUUGUGCUUCCUCUGCUUGCGCUUCCUCUGCUUGAGCUUCCUCUGCUUGUGCUUCCUCUGCUUGCGCUUCCUCUUCGUGUGCUUCCUCUGCUUGUGCUUCCUGUGCUUGUGUUUGCUCUGCUUGCGCUUCCUCUGCUUGUGCUUCCUCUUCUUGUGCAUCCUCUACUUGCGCUCCUCUUCUUGUGCUUCCUCCGCUUGUGCUUCCUCUGCUUGCGCUUCCUCUUCUUGUGCUUCCUCUGCUUGCGUUUCCUCUGCUUGUGCUUCCUCUCCUUGCGCUUCCUUUGCUUGCGCUCCUCUGCUCCUGCUUCCACUGCUUGUGCUUCCUGCUUGUGCUUCCUCUGCUUGCGCUUCCUCUGCUUAUGCUUCCUCUGCUUGCGCUUCUUCUGCUUGCGCUUCCUCUUCUUGCGCUUCCUCAGCUUACACUUCCUCUGCUUGCGCUUCCUCUUCUUGUGCUUCCCCAUCUUGCUCUACCUUUGCUUACGCUUCCUCUGCUUGCACUCCUCUGCUUGUGCUUCCUCUGCUUGUGCUUCCCCUGCUUGCGCUUCCUCUGCUUGUGCUUUCUCUCCUUGCGCUUCCUCUGCUUGUGCUUCCUCUGCUUGCGCUUCCUCUGCUUGCGCUCCUCUGCUUGUGCUUCCUUUGCUUGUGCUUCCUGCUUGUGCUUCCUCUGCUUGCGCUUCCUCUGCUUGUGCUUCCUCUACUUGCGCUUCCUCUGCUUGCGCUUCCUUUGCUUGCGCUUCCUCCUAUUGCGCUUCCUCUGCUUACGCUUCCUCUGCUUGUGCCUCCUCUGCUUGCUCUUCCUUUGCUUACGCUUCCUCAGCCUGCGCUCCUCUGCUUGUUCUUCCUCUGCUUGUGCUUCCUCUACUUGCGCUUCCUCUGCUUGUGCUUCCUCUGCUUGUGCUUCCUCUGCUUGCGCUUCCUCUGCUUGUGCUUCUUCUGCUUACGCUUCCUCUGCUUGCGCUUCCUCUGCUCACGCUUCCUCUGCUUGUGCUUCCUCUGCUUGUGCUUCCUCUGCUUGUGCUUCCUCAACUUGCGCUUCCUCUGCUUGCGCUUCCUCUGGUUGUGACUUCUCAGCUCCCGCUUCCUCUGCUUGCAUUUCCUCUGCUUGUGCUUCCUCUUCUUGCGCUUCCUCUGUUUGCGCUUCCUCUGCUUGCGCUCCUCUGCUUGUGCUUCCUCUACUUGUGCUUCCUUUGCUUGCGUUUCCUCUGCUUGUGCUUCUUCAGCUUCCGCUUCCUUUGCUUGUUCUUCCUCUGCUUGUGCUUCCUCUGCUUGCGCUUCCUCUGCUUGCGCUUCCUAUGCUUGCGCUUCCUCUGCUUGGGCUCCUUUGUUUGUGCUUCCUCUGCUUGUGCUUCCUUUGCUUGUGCUUCCUCUGCUUGUGCUUCCUCUACUUGUGCUUCCUCUGCUUGUGCUUCCUCUGCUUGUGCUUCCUCUGCUUGCGCUUCCUCUGCUUGUGCUUCCUCUGCUUGCACUUCCUUUGCUUGCGCUCCUCUGCUCCUGCUUCCUCUGCUUGUGCUCCUCUGCUUGUGCUUCCUCUGCUUGCGAUUUCUCUGCUUGCGCUUCCUCUGCUUGUGCUUCCUCUACUUGCGCUCCUCUGCUUGUGCUUCUUCUGCUUGUGCUUCCUCUGCUUGCUCUUCCUUUUCUUACGCUUCCUCUGCCUGCGCUCCUCUGCUUGUGCUUCCUCUGCUUGUACUUCCUCUUCUUGCGCUUCCUCUGCUUGUGCUUCCUCUACUUGCGCUUCCUCUGCUUGUGCUUCCUCUGCUUGUGCUUCCUCUGCUUGCGCUCCUCUACUUGUGCUUCCUCUGCUUGCGAUUCCUCUGCUUGCGCUUCCUCUUCUUGAGCUUCCUCUGCUUGCGCUCCUUUGCUUGUGCUUCCUCUGCUUGCGCUUCCUCUGCUUGUGCUUUCUCUGCUUGCACUUCCUUUGCUUGCGCUUCCUCUGCUUGUGCUCCUUUGCUUGUGCUUCCUCUGCUUGUGCUUCCUCUGCUUUCGCUUCCUCUUCUUGCGCUUCCUCUCCUUGUGCUUCCUCUGCUUGCGCUUCCUCUGCUUGCGCUCCUCUACUUGUGCUUUCUCUGCAUGCACUUUCUCUGCUUUUGCUUCCUGUGCUUGCGCCUCCUCUGCCUGUGCUUCCUCUGCUUACACUUCCUCUGCUUGAGCUCCUCUGGUUUUUCUUCCUUUGCUUGUGCUUCCUCUGCUUGCGCUUCCUCUGCUUGUGCUUCCUCUGCUUGCGCUCCUCUGCUUGUGCUUCCUCUACUUGUGCUUCCUCUGCUUGCGCUUCCUCUGCUUGCGCUUCCUCUGCUUGCGCUCCUCUGCUUGUGUAUUUUCUUCUUGUGCUUCCUCUGCUUGCGCUUCCUCUGCUUGUGCUUCCUCUGCUUGCGCUCCUCUGCUUGUGCUUCCUCUACUUGUGCUUCCUAUGCUUGCGCUUCCUCUGCUUGCGCUUCCUCUGCUUGCGCUCCUGUGCUUGUGCUUCCUCUUCUUGUGCUUCCUCUGCUUGCGCUUCCUCUGCUUGUGCUUCCUCUGCUUGCGCUUCCUCUGCUUGCAAUUCCUCUGCUUGCGCUUCCUCUGCUUGUGCUUCCUCUGCUUGCACUUCUUCUGCUUGUGCUUCCUUUGCUUGCGCUUCCUCUGCUUGCGCUUCCUCUGCUUGUGCUUCGUUCUUGUGCUUCCUCUGCUUGUGCUUCCUCUGCUUGUGUUUCCUCUGCUUGCGCUUCCUUUGCUUGCGCUUCCUCUGUUGCGAUUCCUCUGCUUGCGCUUCCUCUGCUUGCGCUUCCUCUGCUUGCGCUUCCUCUGCUUGUGCUCCUCUGCUUGCGCUUCCUCUGCUUGUGCUUCCUUUGCUUGCGCUUCCUCUUCUUGCGCUUCCUCUCCUUGCGCUUGCUCUGCUUGCGCUUCCUCUGCUUGCACUUCUCUUCUUCUUCCUCUGCUUGCGCUUCCUCUACUUGUGCUUCCUCAACUUGCGCUUCCUCUGCUUGUGCUUCUUCUGCUUGCGCUUCCUCUGCUUGUGCUUCCUCUGCUUCCGCUUCCUCUGCUUGUGCUUCCUCUACUUGCGCUUCCUUUUCUUUCGCUACCUCUGCUUGUGCUUCCUAUGCUUGUGCUUCCUCUGCUUGUGCUUCCUAUGCUUGUGCUUCCUCUGCUUGUGCUUCCUCUACUUGUGCUUCCUCUGCAUGUGCUUCCUCUGAUUGUGCUUUCUCUCCUUGCGCUUCCUCUGCUUGUGCUUCCUCUGCUUGCGCUCCUCUGCUUGUGCUUCCUCUACUUGUGCUUCCUCUGCUUGCGCUUCCUCUGCUUGCGCUUCCUCUGCUUGCGCUCCUCUGCUUGUGUUUCCUCUGCUUGUGCUUCCUGCUUGUGCAGCCUCUACUUGCGCUUCCUCUGCUUGCGCUUCCUUUGCUUGCGCUUCCUCCUCUUGUGCUUCCUCUGCUUACGCUUCCUCUGCUUGUGCCUCCUCUGCUCGCUCUUCCUUUGCUUACGCUUCCUCAGCCUGCGCUCCUCUGCUUGUUCUUCCUCUGCUUGUGCUUCCUUUACUUGCGCUUCCUCUGCUUGUGCUUCCUCUACUUGCGCUUCCUCUGCUUGUGCUUCCUCUGCUUGUGCUUCCUCUGCUUGCGCUCCUCUGCUUGUGCUUCCUCUGCUUGCGAUUCCUCUGCUUGCGCUUCCUCUGCUUGUGCUUCCUCUACUUGCGCUCCUCUGCUUGUGCUUCUUCUGCUUGCGCUUCCUCUUCUUGCGCUUCCUCUGCUUACGCUUCCUCUCCUUGUGCUUCCUCUGCUUGCUCUUCCUUUGCUUACGCUUCCUCUGCUUGCGCUCCUCUGCUUGCGCUUCCUCUGCUUGUGCUUCCUCUGCUUGCGCUUCCUCUGCUUGUGCUUCCUCUCCUUGCGCUUCCUCUGCUUGUGCUUCCUCUGCUUGCGCUUCCUAUGCUUGCGCUCCUCUGCUUGUGCUUCCUCUGCCUGUGCUUCCAGCUUGUGCUUCCUCUGCUUGCGCUUCCUCUACUUGUGCUUCCUCUACUUGCGCCUCCACUGCUUACGCUUCCUCUGCUUGUGCUUCCUCUGCUUGCUCUUCCUUUGCUUACGCUUCCUCUGCCUGCGCUCCUCUGCUUGUGCUUCCUCUGCUUGUGCUUCCUCUUUUUGCGCUUCCUCUGCUUGUGCUUCCUCUACUUGCGCUUCCUCUGCUUGUGCUUCCUCUUCAUGUGCUUCCUCUGCUUGCGCUCCUCUGCUUGUGCUUCCUCUGCUUGCGAUUCCUCUGCUUGCGCUUCCUCUUCUUGAGCUUCCUCUGCUUGCGCUCCUUUGCUUGUGCUUCCUCUGCUUGCGCUUCCUCUGCUUGUUCUUCCUCUGCUUGUGCUCCUUUGCUUGCGCUUCGUCUGCUUGUGCUUCCUCUGCUUGCGCUUCCUCUUCUUGCGCUUCCUCUCCUUGUGCUUCCUCUGCUUGCGCUUCCUCUGCUUGCGCUCCUCUGCUUGUGCUUCCUCUGCAUGCGCUUUCUCUGCUUGUGCUUCCUGUGCUUGCGCCUCCUCUGCAUGUGCUUCCUCUGCUUACACUUCCUCUGCUUGAGCUCCUCUGCUUGUGCUUCCUUUGCUUGUGCUUCCUCUGCUUGCGCUUCCUCUCCUUGUGCUUCCUCUGCCUGCGCUCCUCUGCUUGUGCUUCCUCUACUUGUGCUUCCUCUGCUUGCGCUUCCUCUGCUUGCGCUUCCUCUGCUUGCGCUCCUCUGCUUGUGCUUCCUCUUCUUGUGCUUCCUCUGCUUGCGCUUCCUCUGCUUGUGCUUCCUCUGCUUGCACUUCCUCUGCUUGCAAUUCCUCUGCUUGCGCUUCCUUUGCUUGUGCUUCCUCUGCUUGCACUUCUUCUUCUUGUGCUUCCUUUGCUUGCGCUUCCUCUGCUUGCGCUUUCUCUGCUUUGGCUUCGUUCUUUUGCUUCCUCUGCUUGUGCUUCCUCUGCUUGUGUUUCCUCUUCUUGCGCUUCCUCUGCUUGCGCUUCCUCUGUUGCGAUUCCUCUGCUUGCGCUUCCUCUGCUUGCGCUUCCUCUGCUUGCGCUUCCUCUGCUUGUGCUCUUCUGCUUGCGCUUCCUCUGCUUGUGCUUCCUCUGCUUGCGCUUCCUCUUCUUGCGCUUCCUCUCCUUGCGCUUCCUCUGCUUGCGCUUCCUCUGCUUGCGCUUCUCUUCUUGUGUUUCCUCUGCUUGCGCUUCUUCUGCUUGCGCUCCUCUGCUUGUGCUUCCUCUGCUUGCGCUUUCUCCGCUUGUGCUUCCUGUGCUUGCGCCUCCUCUGCUUGUGCUUCCUCUGCUUGCGCUUCCUCUGCUUGCACUCCUCUGCUUGUGCUUCCUCAGCUUGUGCUUCCUCUGCUUAAGCUUCCUCUGCUUGCGCUUCCUCUACUUGUGCUUCCUCAACUUGCGCUUCCUCUGCUUGCGCUUCCUCUGCUUGCGCUUCCUCUGCUUGCGCUUCCUCUACUUGCGCUUCCUCUGCUUGCGCUUCCUCUGCUUGCGCUUCCUCUGCUUGUGCUUCCUCUGCUUGGGCUCCUCUGCUUGUGCUUCCUAUGCUUGUGCUUUCUCUGCUUGCGCUUCCUCUGCUUGUGCUUCUUCUGCUUGCGCUUCCUCUGCUUGUGCUUCCUCUGCUUCCGCUUCCUCUGCUUGUGCUUCCUCUACUUGCACUUCCUCUUCUUUCGCUACCUCUGCUUGUGCUUCCUAUGCUUGUGCUUCCUCUGCUUGUGCUUCCUAUGCUUGUGCUUGCUCUGCUUGUGCUUCCUCUACUUGUGCUUCCUCUGCAUGUGCUUCCUCUGCUUGUGCUUUCUCUCCUUGCGCUUCCUCUGCUUGUGCUUCCUCUGCUUGCGCUUCCUCUACUUGCGCUCCUCUGCUUGUGCUUCCUCUGCUUGUGCUUCCUGCUUGUGCUUCCUCUGCUUGCGCUUCCUCUGCUUGCGCUUCCUUUGCUUGCGCUUCCUCCUCUUGCGCUUCCUCUGCUUACGCUUCCUUUGCUUGUGCCUCCUCUGCUUGCUCUUCCUUUGCUUACGCUUCCUCAGCCUUCGCUCCUCUGCUUGUUCUUCCUCUGCUUGUGCUUCCUUUACUUGCGCUUCCUCUGGUUGUGCUUCCUCUACUUGCGCUUCCUCUGCUUGUGCUUCCUCUGCUUGUGCUUCCUCUGCUUGCGCUCCUCUGCUUGUGCUUCCUCUGCUUGCGAUUCCUCUGCUUGCGCUUCCUCCGCUUGUGCUUCUUCUGCUUGUGCUUCCUCUGCUUGCUCUUCCUUUGCUUACGCUUCCUCUGCCUGCGCUCCUCUGCUUGUGCUUCCUCUGCUUGUGCUUCCUCUUCUUGCGCUUCCUCUGCUUGUGCUUCCUCUACUUGCGCUUCCUCUACUUGUGCUUCCUCUUCAUGUGCUUCCUCUGCUUGCGUUCCUCUGCUUGUGCUUCCUCUGCUUGCAAUUCCUCUGCUUGCGCUUCCUCUUCUUGAGCUUCCUCUGCUUGCGCUCCUUUGCUUGUGCUUCCUCUGCUUGCGCUUCCUCUGCUUGUGCUUCCUCUGCUUGUUCUCCUUUGCUUGCGCUUCCUCUGCUUGUGCUUCCUCUGCUUGCGCUUCCUCUUCUUGCGCUUCCUCUCCUUGUGCUUCCUCUGCUUGCGCUUCCUCUGCUUGCGCUCCUCUAUUGUGCUUCCUCUGCAUGUGCUUUCUUUGCUUGUGCUUCCUGUGCUUGCGCCUCCUCUGCCUGUGCUUCCUCUGCUUACACUUCCUCUGCUUGAGCUUUUCUGCUUGUGCUUCCUUUGCUUGUGCUUCCUCUGCUUGCGCUUCCUUUGCUUGUGCUUCCUCUGCUUGCGCUCCUCUGCUUGUGCUUUCUCUGCUUGCGCUUCCUCUGCUUGCGCUUCCUCUGCUUGCGCUCCUCUGCUUGUGCUUCCUCUUCUUGUGCUUCCUCUGCUUGCCUUGUGCUUCCUUUGCUUGCACUUCCUCUGCUUGUGCUUCCUUUGCUUGCGCUUCCUCUGCUUGCGCUUCCUCUGCUUGUGCUUCGUUCUUGUGCUUCCUCUGCUUGUGCUUCCUCUGCUUGUGUUUCCUCUGCUUGCGCUUCCUCUGCUUGCACUUCAUCUGCUUGCGCUUCCUCUGCUUGUGCUCCUCUGCUUGCGCUUCCUCUACUUGUGCUUCCUUUGCUUGCGCUUCCUCUUCUUGCGCUUCCUCUCCUUGCGCUUCCUCUGCUUGCGCUUCCUCUGCUUGCGCUUCUCUGCUUGUGCUUCCUCUGCUUGCGCUUCCUCUGCUUGCGCUCCUCUGCUUGUGCUUCCUCUGCUUGCGCUUUCUCUGCUUGUGCUUCCUGUGCUUGCGCCUCCUCUGCUUGUGCUUCCUCAGCUUGUGCUUCCUCUGCUUACGCUUCCUCUGCUUGCGCUACCUCUACUUGUGCUUCCUCAACUUGCGCUUCGUCUCCUUGUGCUUCCUCUGCUUGCGCUUCCUCUGCUUGCGCUUCCUCUACUUGGGCUUCCUCUGCUUGCGCUUCCUCUGCUUGUGCUUCCUCUGCUUGUGCUUCCUCUGCUUGGGCUCCUCUGCUUGUCCUUCCUAUGCUUGUGCUUCCUCUGCUUGCGCUUCCUCUGCUUGUGCUUCUUCUGCUUGCGCUUUCUCUGCUUGUGCUUCCUCUGCUUCCGCUUCCUCUGCUUGUGCUUCCUCUAAUUUCGCUUCCUCUGCUUUCGCUACCUCUGCUUGUGCUUCCUAUGCUUGUGCUUCCUCUGCUUGUGCUUCCUAUGCUUGUGCUUCCUCUGCUUGUGCUUCCUCUACUUGUGCUUCCUCUGCAUGUGCUCCUGCUUGUGCUUCCUCUUCUUGCGCUUCCCUUGCUUGCGCUCCUCUGCUUGCGCUUCCUUUGCUUUGGCUUCCUCUGCUUGUGCUUCCUCUGCUUGUGCUUCCUCUUCUUGCGCUUCCUCUACUUGCGCUCCUCUGCUUGCACUUCCUUUGCUUGCGCCUCCUCUGCUUGUGCUGCCUCAGCUUGUGCUUCCUCCGCUUGUGCUUCCUCUGCUUGUGCUUCCUCUACUUGCGCUUCCUCUUCUUGCGCUUCCUCUGUUUGCGCUUCCUCUGCUUGCGCUCCUCUUCUUGUGCUUCCUCUGCUAGCGCUUCCUCUGCUUGUGCUUCCUCUACUUGCGCUUCCUCUGCUUGCGCUUCCUCCCUUUGCGCUUCCUCUGCUUGCGCUCCUCUGCUUGUGCUUUCUCUGCUUGUGCUUCCUCCUCUGCUUGUGCUUCCUUUGCUUGUGCUUCCUCUACUUGCGCUUCCUCUGCUUGUGCUGCCUCUACUUGCACUUCCUCCGCUUGUGCUUCCUCUGCUUGCGCUCCUCUUCUUGUGCUUCCUCUACUUGUGCUUCCUCUGCUUGCGCUUCCUCUGCUUGCGCUUCCUCUGCUUGCGCUCCUCUGCUUGUGCUUCCUCUUCUUGUGCUUCCUCUGCUUGUGCUUCCUUUGCUUGUGCUUCCUCUGCUUGCGCUUCCUUUGCUUGCAAUUCCUCUGCUUGCGCUUCCUCUGCUUGUGCUUCCUCUGCAUGCACUUUCUCUGCUUGUGCUUCCUUUGCUUGCGCUUCUUCUGCUUGCGCUUCCGCUGCUUAUGCUUCGUUCUUGUGCUUCCUCUUCUUGCGCUUCCUCUGCUUGUGUUUCCUCUACUUGCGCUUCCUCUGCUUGCGCUUCCUCUGUUGCGCUUCCUCUGCUUGCGCUUCCUCUGCUUACGCUUCCUCUGCUUGUGCUUCCUGUGCUUACGCUUCCUCUGCUUACACUUCCUCUACUUGCGCUCCUCUUCUUGUGCUUCCUUUGCUUGUGCUUCCUCUACUUGCGCUCCUGUACUUGUGCUUCCUCUACUUGUGCUUCCUCUGCUUGCGCUUUCUGUGCUUGUGCUUCCUCUGCUUGCGCUUCCUCUACUUGUGCUUCCUUGGGUUGCGCUCCUCUGCUUGUGCUUCCUCUGCUUGUGCUUCGUGCUUGUGCUUCCUCUGCUUGCGCUUCCUCUGCUUGUGCUACCUCUUCUUGCGCUUCCUCUGCUUACGCUUCCUCUGCUUGCGCUUCCUCUCCUUGCGUUUCCUCUGCUUACGCUUCCUCUGCUUGUGCUUCCUCUGCUUGCAGUUCCUCUGCUUACACUUCCUUUGCUUGCGCUCCUCUGCUUGUGCUUCCUCUGCUUGUGCUUCCUCUGCUUUUGCUUCCUCUGCUUGUGCUUCCUCUACUUGCGCUUCCUCUGCUUGUCGUUCCUCUGCUUGCGCUUCCUCUGCUUGCGCUACUCUGAUUGUGCUUCCUGGGCUUGUGCUUCCUCUGCUUUUGCGCUUCCUCUGCUUGCGCUUCCUCUGCUUGUGCUUCCUCUGCUUGCGCUUCCUCUGCUUGUGCUUCCUCUGCUUGCACUUCCUCUGCUUGCGCUUCCUCUGCUUGUGCUUCGUGCUUGUGCUUCCUCUGCUUGCGCUUCCUCUGCUUGUGCUUCCUCUACUUGCGCUUCCUCUGCUUGCGCUUCCUCUGCUUGCGCUUCCUCUGCUGACGCUUCCUCUGCUUGUGCUUCCUCUUCUUGCGUUUCCUCUGCUUACACUUCCUAUGCUUGCGCUCCUCUACUUGUGCUUCCUUUGCUUGCGCUUCCACUGCUUGCGCUCCUCUGCUUGUGCUUCCUUUGCUCUUGCCCUUCUUUUGCUUGUGCUUCCUCUACUUGCGCUUCCUUUGCUAGUGCUUCCUCUGCUUGCGUUUCCUCUGCUUGCGCUUCCUCUGCUUGCGCUUCCUCUGCUAGUGCUUCCUCUUCUUGCGCUUCCUCUGCUUGCGCUUCCUCUGCUUGUGCUUCCUCUGCUUGCGCUUCCUCUGCUUGCGCUUCCUCUGCUUGUGCUUCCUCUGCUUGCGCUUCCUCUGCUUGUGCUUCCUCUGCUUGCGCUUCCUCUGCUUGCGCUUGGUGUUUGUGCUUCCUCUGCUUGCGCUUCCUCUGCUUGUGCUUCCUCUACUUGCGCUUCCUCUUCUUGCACUUCCUCUGCUUGUGCUUCCUCUGCUUGCGCUUCCUCUGCUUGUGCUUCCUCCGCUUUCGCUUCCUCUUCUUGGGCUUCCUCUGAUUGUGCUUCCUCUUCUUGCGCUCCUUUGCUUGUGCUUCCUCUUCUUGUGCUUCCUCUUCUUGCGCUUCCUCUGCUUGUGCUUCCUCUGCUUGCGCUUCCUCUGCUUGUGCUUCCUUUGCUUACGAUUCCUCUGCUUGCGCUUCCUCUGCUUGUGCUUCCUCUGCUUGUGCUUCCUCUGCUUGUGCUUCCUCUUUUUGUGCCUCCUGUGCUUGCGCUUCCUGUGCUUGCGCUUCCUCUGGUUGUGACUUCUCUGCUUGCGCUUCCUGUUGUUGUGACUCCUCUUCUUGUGCUUCCUCUGCUUGCGCUUCCUCUGCUUGCGCUUCCUCUACUUGCGCAUCAUCUGCUUGCGCUUCCUCUGCUUGCGCUUCCUCUACUUGUGCUUCAUCUGCUUGCGCUUCCUCUGCUUGUGCUUCCUCUGCUUCCGCUUCCUCUACUUGUGCUUCCUUUGCUUGCGCUUCCUCUGCUUGUGCUUCCUCUGCUUGUGCUUCCUCUGGUUGCGCUUCCUCUGCUUGUGCUUCCUAUGCUUGUGCUUCCUCUGCUUGCGCUUCCUCUACUUGUGCUUCCUCUGCUUGUGAUUCCUCUGCUUGUGCUUCCUCUGCUUGCGCUUCCUCUGCUUGCGCUCCUGUGCUUGUGCUGCCUCUGCUUGUGCUUGCUUUGCUUGCGCUUCCUCUGCUUGCGCUUCCUCUACAUGUGCUUCCUCUGCUUGUGCUUCCUCUUCUUGUGCUUCAUCUGCUUGCGCUUCCUCUGCUUGCGCUUCCUCUUCUUGCGCUUCCUCUGCUUGCGCUUCCUCUUCUUGGGCUCCUCUACUUGUGCUUCCUGUGCUUGUGCUUCCUCUGCUUGCGCUUCCUCUGCUGUUGCUUCCUCUGCUUGCGCUUCCUCUGCUUGCGCUUCCUCUGCUGUUGCUUCCUCUGCUUGUGCUUCCUCUUCUUGCGCUUCCUCUGCUUGUGCUUCCUCUUCUUGUGCUUCCUCUGCUUGCGCUUCCUCUGCUUGCGCUUCCUCUUCUUGCGCUUCCUCUGCUUGCGCUUCCUCUGCUUGGGCUCCUCUGCUUGUGCUUCCUGUGCUUGUGCUUCCUCUGCUUGCGCUUCCUAUGCUGUUGCUUCCUCUGCUUGCGCUUCUUCUGCUUGCGCUUCCUCUGCUGUUGCUUCCUCUGCUUGUGCUUCCUCUUCUUGCGCUUCCUCUGCUUGUGCUUCAUCUCCUUGCGCUUCCUCUGCUUGCGCUUCCUCUGCUUCCGCUCCUUUGCUUGUGCUUCCUCUGCUUGUGCUUUCUCUGCUUGCGCAUCUUCUGCUUGUGCUUCCUCUGCUUGCGCUUCCUCUGCUUGUGCUUCCUCUGCUUGCGCUUCCUCUGCUUGCACUUCCUUUGCUUGCGCUUCUUCUGCUUGUGCUUCCUCUGCUUGCGCUUCCUCUGCUCACGCUUCCUCUGCUUGUGCUUCCACUGCUUGCGCUUCCUCUGCUUGCGCUUCCUCUGCUUGUGCUUCCUCUGCUUGCGCUUCCUCUUUUUGUAA